AUGGCAGAUACCUCAGUGCAUCUUCAACAACAACAACCAAGUCGAUCAAGGGACCUCGAUAAGCUCCUUCUCCGACCCGGAAAUCUCGUCGGCCCAAGGUUCGAACCUGGCACAGAGUUGAGAGAUGAUCUUCAAGCUUUCGCCAAAGUGUUGGUGGUUGGGGCAGGUGGGUUAGGUUGCGAAUUGUUGAAAGAUUUAGCCUUAACUGGUUUUUGUAACCUCGAGGUUAUUGAUAUGGAUCGUAUCGAAGUUACCAAUCUUAAUCGCCAAUUUUUGUUUAGACUUGAGGAUGUUGGGAAACCGAAAGCUGAGGUAGCUGCCAAGCGCGUAAUGGAAAGAAUUAGUGGUGUGGAUAUUGUGCCACAUUUUUGCAGGAUUGAGGAUAAGGAUAUUGAGUUUUAUAAUGAUUUUAGUAUCAUUGCACUUGGUCUUGAUUCUAUUGAGGCCCGCAGCUACAUCAAUAAUGUUGCUUGUAGUUUUCUAGAGUAUGAUUCUGAUGAUAAUCCACGAGAAGAGACGAUCAAACCUAUGGUGGAUGGCGGGACUGAAGGUUUCAAGGGCCAUGCUAGGGUUAUAAUGCCAGGGAUCACACCGUGCUUUGAGUGUACCAUAUGGCUUUUUCCACCUCAAGUGAAGUUUCCUUUAUGUACCUUGGCAGAAACCCCUCGAACUGCUGCCCACUGUAUUGAAUACGCUCACCUGAUUAAAUGGGAUGAGGUUCAUCGUGGAGUUCCUUUUGACCCUGAUAAUCCCAACAAUAUGAAAUGGGUCUAUGACGAGGCUGUCAAAAGGGCCGAGCUUUUUGGCAUUCCUGGAGUUACUUAUUCUUUCACCCAGGGUGUUGUGAAGAACAUCAUACCAGCUAUAGCUUCAACAAAUGCAAUUAUAUCAGCUGCAUGUGCACUGGAAACAUUGAAAAUUGCAACAGAGUGCAGCAAAACUUUGUCAAACUAUCUAACGUAUAAUGGUUCAGAAGGCCUCCACACUAAAGUGACAGAAUUUGAAAGGGACAGAGACUGCCUUGUUUGUGGUCCUGGCAUACGUAUUGAACUGGACCCUUCAAUCACAUUGCAAAAGUUCAUGGAUCUUCUAGAAGAACACCCUAAAUUGCAAUUGUCAAAAGCAAGUGUUACACAUCGAGGAAAGAAUCUGUAUAUGCAAGCACCACCUGUAUUGGAAGAAAUGACUCGAUCGAACCUGACUCUAUCUCUUUUUAACCUCAUGGGUAAAUUGCCCAAAGACAUUGUGCACGUGAAUGGUAUGACAAGCAAGAAUGACCAAAAAACCUCAUGUUUGAGAAAAUUGCACGUCGUCUUCAAAGGAGUUGAUGGGGUUGCAGAUAUGGAUACUGCUGGAGGAGCAUAA